AUGGGCAGGACUGAUGUAAGGCGCUAUUGUCACCUGAUUCACUAUCUGAGACUCAGCCAUCACUUGAUAGUUCUGAAUUAUUUGAUUUGCACCUUUGACAAGCUGAAGUCUGUCUCCUCUGAAGACAUUAAAAUCACGGAUGCUGUUUUUGACGGCGUGGAAGUGAGAGUGUUUGAACCUCCUGCGAAGGGAGAUGAAAGCCUCAAGCGCAGCGUUGUUUACAUCCACGGAGGGGGCUGGGCCUUGGCUAGUGCAAGAACAAGCCUUUACAACAAUCUCUGCAGAAUCAUGGCUGAAUCUCUGAACGCUGUUGUUGUCUCCGUCGAAUACAGGCUGGUGCCCGAGGUGUGCUUCCCCGAGCAGUACCAUGAUGCUCUUCGUGCAACAAAGCAUUUCCUGCAGCCUGAUGUCUUAGCUGAGUAUUCAGUGGACCCCAGUCGAAUUGCAAUCUCUGGGGACAGUGCAGGAGGGAAUCUGGCAGCUGCUGUGUGCCAGCAGCUCAGCAAAGACGAGGAUUUGACCGUCAGACCGAAACUGCAGGCCUUGAUUUAUCCAGUCCUCCAGGCGUUUGACUUCAACACCCCUUCCUACCAGCAGAACAUGAACAUGCCCGUGCUGCCUCGCUACGUCAUGAUCAACUACUGGAUCGAUUACAUCAACGGCAACUACGACUUGGCUCACGAGCUGCUGAUCAACAACCACACGGCCCUCAACGUCGGCCGGGCGCUCUCCUUCCGCGCGCGCCUCAACUGGACGUCGCUGCUGCCUCCCUCCUUCAAGAAGAACUACAAGCCGGUGGUGCAGACCACGGGCACGGCGGCCAUCGUGGAGCGGCUGCCGGCGCUGCUGGACGUGCGGGCGGUGCCGCUGCUGGCGGACGACGCCACGCUGGCGCGGCAGCCCCGCACCUACGUGCUGACCUGCGAGAACGACGUGCUGCGCGACGACGGCGCCAUGUACGCCUCGCGCCUGGAGCGCGCCGGCGUGCCCGUCACCCUCGACCACUUCCACGACUGCUUCCACGGCUGCAUGAUCUUCACCGUGUGGCCCACGGAUUUCUCCGCCGGCGUGCAGACCAGGAACAGCUACAUCAAGUGGCUGGAUGAGAACCUCUGAAGGGAGGGCGUGUGGCUCCGGUGUCUGUGCUGGCAAAAGAGCAAACAAUCAAAAAAGUGCACUUUUCCCAAUUCUGACUCCGCUGUUCAGUGCAGCUGCUGGGGGUACAGACCACUAACUGCAGCAUUUUCUAGCUCCAUUUGCCUUGCCCAGUAAAGAAUUUUUAGAAGUAUUUUUUUCAAAGCAGUUUUUUUUCCACUUUCUCCCAGAUGAUAUUGCCAAACAUAAUCACGUAUUGAGCAGGGAGAUCAGGACUCCUGCAGGAUUCUUACCUGGCUGCAACUUUUGAGCUUUGACUCUUAAUUAGGUACAAAGGCCCUGGCUUUCAAGUGCUGUGGGAUAAAUCCUAACCACCUACAUCUACUUCUGAAUAUGUAAAAAUGUGAGCUAGUUUACAGCAGUCUUGAGCAUCUGAUGUCACAGGGAGAACACUCACCUUGGGCAGCAGGUCCCUGCAUUUGAAUGACAAGCACAGAUUUAGGUGUUGGCUUUUUGCCACAGACAAACAGCUCAUUUAAAAUUUUUAAGAUAUUUUUUACAGAAGCUCUUCUAGACAGUUAAAAUGAUGCUCAAUGAGUCUCUUAGCAAAACCUGUAAUUCAGCUUUGGAAUUUGGUCUUUACCGCCUUUUAAUUAUUUAUAUUUUAAGAAGGUACAGGACUAAAUACAUUUUCAAUAAAAAGUAUGAUAGCAUAAACACAAAUAGGCAAGAUCAAAUAUCAGGUGUAGCAGGAGAAUCCAGCUUUCCUGUGUGAGUGACCUUCAAAGCUGACUACUUAUUUGGCUAAAGAAUGUGACUUCACCUAUGUUGAAAACCUUAGUUGUAUGACCUCCUUAGAGAAAAUACUGACCUUACUACAAAUAGUCUGCUGUGUGGUUUGCACUAAUGUUUGUAAUUAAUAGAAGUUUUUGUUCAUUGACUUUUCUUUUGUGUUUGUAGUUUUUACUGUAUUUCCUGCUUCAAGAAAGGAGGAAAGCAAGUGAAUAGAGGUGGGUUCCAAUCUGUACAGAUAUUUAAUUCUGUACAAUAUUUAAUUCUGAGCUUUGCAGCUGAACUUUGUCUCAGUCAUGUAGACUGCUCCAGGCAAGGUGAUCUCGCUAUUGGGCAGCAAAUCUGUGCAGUUUGAGCCAGUCUAUAAAGUUUGGAUGGGCAGGACAGGGGAGUGAAACCACUUUGUGACUAUCUUUUGUCCAGGCUGCUCACAGCUUGCAGAAAUGAAGGUGGUGUCAAAAGCCCAGCGGCACAAAGGAGAGAGUAGGAGAUUAAAUUCAUCCUCAGCUUUACCACAGACCCUGUGAGUCCCCAGGAGAACAAUGUCAUCUCCUUACACCCCACUUCUGCAAGGGAGGGAGGAAUGUCCUACCUCACAAAGGAGCUGUGAAGCUGAACUCUCAGGCAUGGGUGAAGCACACAAUGUGAAUGUGACUGCAGGAACUCUGCAGCUCCCAUGGCUUUUGACUUUCCAUCCAUCUCCAAGAGCUGGCUCAGAACAGCCUGUCCCACGUCAAGGAUGCUGCUGGGCUCAUGUCCUGCUGAGCAGUUUGUUCCCCUCUGUCCUGGUUCCUGUCAGGAACCCUGAGGUGAGGCUUCUUAGCCCUUAGCCUUGGAGAUCAUGAGAAAGGCAAUUUCAUUAAAGCAUUCCUUAUAUGAAAUUUCCUUAUGAAAGUUCUUCAAAAAACCACAUCAGGUACUGAUCAAACUGCCUUCUGACAUUUAAAACAUAUACAGAGCAGUCCCCUUUCACUGGGAUUUAAACUUAAAUAGGAGAAUGGCUUUGCUGAAUCACUGCUUCCUGGAAACACCAGGUUGUUAACGUGGUCGUGUGUAUUAAGAAAAACCAUUAACGAGACAAGGCCUGGAUGUCAGCUCAGUCAUGCAGGCCAAAAUUCAUUCCCAGCACAGUUCACACGAAGAUCACAAGGCAAAGCUUUUUCAACAGUGGCCCAGAUUCUUCCAUUUAGCAUUUACAAAGGCUUGGUGAAAUUAGAGCAACCAAGUGACAAUCUCAAUCAGAAUAAAUUUUGAUCAAGAAACCCAAUUAGCACUGCAGAGGAAUUCAAACUUUUUAUCUGGAUUUAAACCCUUUCCUCCUUUUCCCCAUAAACACAGCUUCAUAGAUUGUAUGUUUUAAACAGACAGCAAGAGAAGUUGCAUCCAUUCAAAAGACAAGUUACUAAUCUGUUCCAGAGUCCUUUCUCUUUAUAUGGAGACAGCUACAUUCACCUGACUUUAGACUAUGACUAAAAUAGUAAAAAAAAAAAAAAAAAAAAAAAAAAAAUCACUAUACUGAGUUACAACAAAAGGUUUCUUCCUGAAUUUCCUGCUUAAAGAAUAAACCCAUAUCAGAAAAGAUAUCAUAUCUACUCACUGUCAUUAGUAUAAUAUGUGGCUAUACUAUGAUUGUAUGUCAUAGUAUAACUGUAGUACUGGAAGAAAAUAGUUAAUAUUCCUAUAGAUCUUAUAAUAAUGACAUUUUCCUGAGAGCUUUCUGCAAAGCUUUAGGUCAGCAUUUGUUUAUAGCUAAGUUAUAAAUAUCUGUUAUAAACCUAAAAUAUAAUUGCUGCUGGUUUUUUUGGUUUUUUUUAACUGAAAUGAAAGGGAGAGCUGGAAUAUAUACACAUAUAUAUAUUCAUGGAGUUGGUUGUAAAUUUCCUUCAUGCACUGAAGCACAUUAAAGUCUUGGCACAA